GUUAUCAUCCUCAGACACCUGUUGCAGUGCACUAUGGGAUAUCUGCUGAGCCUCCACCAGCCUGCGGAUCUCCUCGUCAGAAUCAACGUCACCGUCAUUCAAAUAUGCCCCCCUCCUGUCAACAUCUGAAAUGUCAAUGUUGAUAUAGCCAAAGGUUUUGUAAGGAACACCUGCAGAGAACAACAACAGGUAGAACACAUUAAAAAGAUCCUUUUCGGUGAUCAAGUGGCUCAACCCACCAACAUACAGUCGCCGCAUUGCUCCGCGUCGACGGCAACACUGUCACUGUAAAGACGUCAAACAAUGAUGACUAUACGGUUUCAGUGACAGCACAUGAUUGAUGGAGAAGAAGGAAAACGUUGAAGAGGUGGAAGUGCUGGAAGCUCAAAUUCAACAUCUUCAGGCAGAAAUUGCAGAGUUGCAGCACCAACAGCAGAACCAGGACAAGGAGAUGACGGUUUGUUUCAAAGGACAAAUGCUGGAUGCCCUAUUGUACAUGUUUGCACAGAAACAAGAUGACGGUAUGGUGCUGGCCAGGCUGAAGAAGGAGGUGGAGGACCUGGAGGAGGAUCUGAGGUGGCAGUCGCAAAUGAAUGGAAUCAGAAUGAACAGCUGCACGAAAAAGACAUUGCAAAGCAGUGGCAGUAAACUGGUUCAGCAGAUUUGUGUGUCAGGUCACUGCUCUGAACUAAUCUUCCAGGUGGAAUUCCAGCUCACUGAGGUAAAGCACAGUCAGAGAUCUGAGAGAAUGAUCACUGAUCUGAAUGUGGUGAUGGACACCGGAGACUUACAGAAUUUCAGUAGCUUCUUGUCUGGAGUGGAGGAAACCAUGGAUCUUCUGCUGUUCUUCAGGACUCAAAGAGCUUUCACAGACAGGUGUGAUGAUCGAAGAAGAACAUUCCAGCAUUUUCAGAAGAAGUAUCCAUCUGUCGUCUCUCUGCCUGGAGGCUGCAGGUCAGAGGUCAUGACCGUAAACCAUCCAAAGCUUCCUGGCUGCAUUGUGUUCAUUCACUGGUCAGUGGAGGUUUCUAGAGAGGGUCAAGUCACCCCAAACAUCGACCUGCUGACAAAGAUCCCCGAGAGAGCGCUGCAGCUGUUUCCCUCAGAGGCUGUAGGGUGCGCUGCUGAGGCCUUCCAUAGUCUGCUGAGGAUCCUGGGACCUGAAGCUGCCAUGGAGUCUGUCAUCAGAGCAGUCAGCCUCUCACAGGACGCUUAGCUCACAUCGAA